AUGUCCUCUCACGAAAGGACACAUCAAUUCACUCACUCUAAUUCCCAGCGGAGGGCUUCAGUUGUAUACGGUUCUAUUGGUAAGGGUGGUUUAUUUACUCCUUCAGAUUUUAUCAAACCAAGUGACAAUGCUGAUAUAAGCUUUGACGACGAACAAGGUUUUGAGUCCAAUACACCUGAUGAAAGUACUCAAUUGUUGAAUCGCCCAGCUGCAGUUAGUAGCAGAAAAUAUCGUCGUCAAUCGAGCGUUACUCGAGAAAUUAUAGAACAAGAAAGGCAUUUCUUACAAGAUAACCAUAUUAAAGUAGCUUCAAAAGGAAGUGAAGAUGACGUUAUAGACACAUUUGAAGAUGCUAUCGUAUCGAAAAAAAUAUCUGCCACUACAGCAGCUAUCGAACUAAAGUCGUUAGUAAUUUCAUCGAUCCCAUUGGUUGUGACUUUUCUUUUACAAAAUUCACUUUCAACGGUAUCCAUAUUUACUGUUGGUCAUUUGGGUGCUGUAGAAUUAGCUGCUGUUUCUAUGGGAUCUAUGACUGCAAAUAUAACUGGCUAUGCCACCAUUCAAGGUAUUGCAACUGCAUUAGAUACAUUAUGUCCUCAAGCCUUCGGAGCAAAGAAGUAUCUGCUUGUUGGGGUCUACUUGCAAAAGUGUACUGCAUUAAUUUUCACUAUUAUGGCACCUAUCUUAUUAUUAUGGGUCUUUUUUGGGUAUGAAUUGAUUACCCUUAUUUUACCUGAUAAAGAAACUGCUAAAUAUGCUGCAGUUUAUUUGCAAUAUAUUGCUCCAGGUAUUCCAGCGUAUAUUCUAUUUGAGUGUGGUAAGAGAUUCUUACAAGCUCAAGGUAUCUACCACAUUUCAACUGUAGUUUUAUUGUUUGCGGCCCCAUCAAAUUUGUUCAUGAAUUGGUUAUUCGUUAAACAUUUGGGAUAUAUUGGUGCACCAAUUGCAGUAGCAAUUAAUUAUUGGUUUAUGGCAAUUGGUUUAUUUGCUGCUGUUGUCUAUUUUGUAAAGCCGGAAAGUACGCCUACAGGCUUACAUCCAUUAAUUUGUUGGAAUGGGCUUAAUAUCAAAGAAGCUUUCGGAGCUUGGGAUAAAUUAAUCUAUUUAGCAAUACCUGGUUUAAUCAUGUUGGAAGCAGAAUUUCUCGCAUUUGAAAUAUUGACCUUAUUAGCAUCAUACUUAGGCACUGUUGCGUUAGCUGCACAGUCAAUUGGUACGACUAUGGCGUCACUUACGUAUCAGGUUCCUUUUGCGAUCGGUAUUGCUUCAUCUACUCGUAUCGCUAACUUUUUAGGGGCAGAUUUGGGCUCAGCUGCCAAAACAGCGACACAAGUCUCCUUGAGUUUCGGCCUUGUUAUAUCUAUUUUUAAUUUUUUGGUGUUAUUCUGUUUUCAAACUCAAAUAGCCGAACUAUUUACAAAUGACAAAAAGGUCAUAAAGGCUGUUGAAGGAGUUAUGUGGUUAAUUGCAUUAAUGCAAGUUUCUGAUGCAAUGAAUGCCAAUUCAGCGGGUUGCUUAAGGGGUCAAGGGCAAACAAAAAUUGGUGGUAUCGUCAACCUAGUAUCCUACUAUGUAGUUGGUUUGCCUUUAUCUAUCUACUUGACAUUUUAUUCAAAGUAUGGGGGGACUUUGCAUGGCCUUUGGGUUGGUAGCACCGUAGCUUUAACUAUAAUUGGUGUCGUUCAAAGUUAUUUUGCAUUAUUUGCUGACUUUGAUAAGCUUUGUGCAGAUGCUAGAGAAAGAACUUCCGAUGACGGCCCUAAUGUCGCAGUAUAG